ACGUUAUUUGUUAGCGGCCUUCCGAUGGAUGCCAAACCAAGAGAGCUGUAUCUUUUAUUCCGAGCGUAUAAGGGUUAUGAAGGAUCAUUAUUAAAGGUGACAAGUAAAAAUGGAAAGACUUCCUCUCCUGUAGGAUUUGUUACCUUUACAACUCGAGCGGGAGCAGAAGCAGCUAAAUUAGAUUUGCAGCAGGGAGUAAGAUUUGAUCCAGAUCUUCCUCAAACCAUACGUUUGGAAUUUGCAAAGAGCAAUACAAAAGUGAGUAAACCGAAACAACCAUCACCACCAGCGGCUCCUUCUCACCCAGGCUUACUGCACCCGAUAACUGGUCAAGAAAUGGGCACUUUGUUACCCGCUGUUCCUGAUGGUUGGCCCCAUCAUCCUCUUUCAUAUACUGAAGUGCCAGUAUCUACAGCUUUGCACUCAGCAGCUAUUGUGCAUCCUGCACUUCAUGCCCAGUUGCCACCGCCCCUCACUGUACCUCAUCCCAUAUCGCACGCUGCCAUGCAUCACCCGUCACAGCUGCCACCACCACCGCCACAUUUCGUCGCCAACCACGCUACAACCGCAGCGCCAAAUUCGACGCCACCUCCAACUCAGCCGCAGCCGCCACAAUGCUCGACACUUUUCGUCGCCAAUCUCGGACAUUUCAUCCAGGAUCAGGAGCUUAAGGAUGUCUAUGGAAGUUUUCCUGGUUUUUGCCGACUACGAAUGCAUAAUAAAGCUCCAGGACCACUUACAUACGUGGAAUAUAAGCUACUGUCAGCUGGUCUUGCUAUAGACAUUGAUGUUAGUUUACCACCAAAAAUCUGCAAAUCUGCAAGCAUCAUAGAACAGACUCCCAUUUUCUUCAGUUAA